UGAUAGUCUAGUGUGUGUUAGAGCUAGAAAGCCGUCCAGACUGUGCUGACUGACUGACUUUAGCUCAGCUUUAAACAAUGACUGAAGCAGAGUUAUACACGGUGUAUAAAGGGGUUUUUGUGCCUACAUGUCUGCACCCUUCACAGAGCCUGAAGUACUACGAGGAGUUCACUUUCCGUCCAGAUGAUACUGUUAUUGUAACGUAUCCCAAGUCCGGUACGACUUGGAUGCAGGAGAUUGUCCCUAUGAUCAUGAGUGGAGGAGAUCCAGCUCCUGUUGAGAAUAUUCCUAACUGGGACCGUGUUCCCUGGCUGGAGGAGCAUCGGGCCUGUGUCCUUAAUCUUGAAGAGAGGCCAUCUCCGCGCAUGUUUGCUACACACUUCCACUAUAACAUGAUGCCACCAUCUUUCUUUGAAGUUAAGCCAAAGGUCAUCUAUGUCAUGAGGAACCCCAAAGACGUGUUUACAUCGUCCUUCCAUUAUUAUGGGAUGACUUCCUUUUUGGUCAACCCAGGCACACAGACCGAGUUCCUCCACAAGUUCCUUGAUGGAAAAGUUAUGUUUGGCUCAUGGUUUGAUCAUGUAAAGGGCUGGCUGAAUGCUGAAGAUAAAGCGCGAAUAAUGUACAUCUCCUAUGAAGAAAUGAUAAUGGACCUGAAGGACUCUGUGGCCAGAAUGGCUCAGUUCUUGGAGAAAUCUCUGGACCCUCAGGUCAUUGAGAAGAUAGCGGACCGAUGUGUGUUCAAGAACAUGAAGCAGAACAAAAUGUCAAACUACUCUCAAGUUCCUCGUGAAUUCAUGGACCAGACAAAGUCGGAAUUUCUCAGAAAAGGAAUCGCUGGAGACUGGAAAAACCAACUAACAGUGGCAGAAGUGGAGCACUUUGAUGCCGUUUACAAGGACAGAAUGAAAGAUGUAAAAUACAAUUUUUUAUGGGAUUAAACUAAAUGUGAACAAAACAUGUUCCACCAUACGUCAGUUUGGUUCAGAAGAAAUGCAAAAUGCUGCCAAUUAACUGCCAACUUUCUCUUAUUUGUCUACUUUUUACUGCAGUAUCAUUCUCAUAGACUCUGUUUUGCUUGUUUUGAUUUCUUUGGUUAUUAAUUUAUAAUAAUAAUAUGACCAAUGUAUUCAUUUGAGAUUUGUUCAAGAGUUAAAAUUUGAGUUGAACUGAGAAUAUCAACUGUCAAAUACAGGGUUGAAUUAUAUUUUCUGUUCUCUAAACCUACAAUCAUUUGAUCUCAUUUGUCAAGCACAUCAAUUAAUCUUGGCUUAGUGUAUAUUUUGAUUUUGUUUUUUUUAAUUUUGUUUUUUGCUAUCUGGUUUUUCUUUUUUUAUCAUCUGCCUUUUCAAGCAACAUAAAGCGACACUUGAAUUUGAAGUAAAUUAUAAAUUGUGCUUCACAGCCAGGGUUGGGAAGGUUACUUUGGAAAUGUAAUAGGUUAUCUAAAAUUUAAUAAGUAAUGUAACUAUUUCAAUUGCUUAAAGUAAUGUAUCAUUUGACGUUUGAUUACUUUUUGGAAUACUUUUCUAACUUUCUAACGAAUGUUUUCAACUGUUAGGGUAAAUGUACCCAUUAAGCAGGGGUGCAACAGUGAUUUUAAAAAUAUGGGUGUCCUAGUGGUGGGACAUGAGCACCACAACCACUUUGGCCUCUGUUCCAGUCUCAACAAGAGGCACUACUAUAGUUGUAACCACUGCUUCAGCUUACAAUAAAAUAAUUACCAUAUAAUUGUAACUCAGGAGAAUUUAUUUAGAGUCGGGUAGUUUACUAAAUAAAUCCAGUUAUUUAUGAA